AAAAACGCAUGUGUGGAAUCAUUCGGUUAUUUUUCAAAAAAGGUGUUUAAUGUCCCAUUGAGAGCUUUCGGUCUCCCCUCUCCUGAAUAAAAGUCAGGUCACUGUCACGAGGUAAACAGUAGCAGCUUCCGCGGUGAACUGAAGAAGCAACAGAUUGAGUGAAAUCCUCCAAAAUGGGUUGCUGUAAUUUUCUUAUUUUGGGGACUUUAUUGUCCGUGGCAUCGUCACAAUUUAUCCCACCGUAUACAGAAGACUGUCGGGCAGACAUGUAUCCACCAAAGGGUCCCACGUUCAAUGGAGCUGUCAGCUGGUACACUGUGGACCUCGACUUACCGCCCAGAAAGAGAUGGACAGCUCUAAUUACUGACAAAAAAGCAGAUCUGGUCACCAUGAUUCAGGCCAUCAGAGACUUGGCUGAUGCUUUUGUUCCGAGUGGGAGGCUGAUAGAGCUGGUGGACCUUACGCUGCCUAUUAUGGCGGACACACUCCCGGAGCCUUUUGGGGAGGAAAUAAAAGGAAUUGCAGAUGCUUCAGGGGUUCCUCUUGGUGAAGUCGUCUUGUUCAACAUCUUCUAUGAAGUGUUCACUGUGUGCACAUCAGUUGUUGCAGAAGACAAAAAUGGUCACCUCAUCCAUGGCAGAAAUCUGGAUUUUGGAUUAUUCAUGGGCUGGGACGUGAAAAACAAGUCAUGGAUCAUUAGUGAGAAGCUGAAGCCUCUGGUGGUCAACCUCAACUUCAAGAGAAAUAAUCAGACCGUCUUCAAGUCUACAAACUUUGCUGGAUAUGUGGGCAUGCUGACUGGCAUCAAGCCUCACAUGUUCACUUUGACUAUGAAUGAGCGCUUCAGUCUGGAUGGAGGAUACAUUGGAAUCCUGGAGUGGAUCUUGGGAAAGAGAGAUGGGAUGUGGAUGAGCUUCCUCACUCGCUCAGUUCUGGAAAAUGCAAACAGCUACAAGCAAGCCAAAACUCUCCUGGCUCAGACCAAGCUGCUGGCUCCAGCGUACUUCAUCCUCGGAGGAAACCAGACGGGCCAGGGCUGCAUCAUCACUCGCUCCAGGCUGCUCAGCAUUGAUAUCCUGGAGAUUGACCUGAAGCUGGGCCGGUGGUAUGUGCUGGAGACAAACUACGAUCACUGGAAGGAGCCUCUCUUCCUGGAUGAUCGCAGAACUCCUGCCAUGAAGUGCAUGAACCAGACCACACAGACAAAUAUCACAAUGAAGACCAUGUAUGAUGUCCUCUCCACCAAACCAAUGCUGAACAAGUUGACGACGUACACAACGCUGAUGGAGGUGUCUGAGGGAAGGCUGGAGUCGUACAUCCGCAACUGCCCAAACCCCUGCAUGCCCUGGUAACCCUUGACCCCAGAUCUUUCUGUGGCUAUCUGAGAGGGGAGGCUGUGAUGCUCAGCUGAUCUCGGGUCAGAAGUUGAGGUUGCUCCUUUUUAAAUGUUUGCACAGAAAGAAAUAAACCAAAGUUUGUCGUUAUGUUUAGUUUUCCAGGUGAUUUAGUAUUCCUUAAAGCUUUACUAAAAUGACUUAAUCCUUAGUUUUUUAGGGAAAUUGAUAGAUGAGCGAAUCAAACUCGUGUGUGUAUAUUUUACCUCACAUGCUUUUCACUGUAAUGUGUUAUUUGCAUUAUGAGUACAUGUGAAUCUCAACAUGGGUGUAGGGAGCCCGGAGAAAAACGCUUGUUAAUAAAAUGAAUGCAAACUUCUGUUAUGUUUGAUGCCACGAAUGCAGCCCAUACUCACCAGCUUGUGCCUCCACACUGUGACCCUGAUUUGAGUUUUUAUUUUAUACGGGUUGCAAGUUAACAUAUCAAGAACUAACUUACAGGUAGUGUCUCCCCACAUGGACACUGAUACUGACAAAUGUACCUCAAAGGUGUCCUGCACUGUGUAUAUUUUUAAAAGAUGGUUAAUAAAAUGAUUUUGAAAUUUAA